UGUAAUAGAGCAAUAAAUACAGAAGCCACAUGAGGUCACGCCUUCAAGGAAAUACAAUUGGGCCACUCCCUCCAUGUCCAUACAACCACUCCUGGGGUCAUUCAGUUCAGGCUGGACCAGCACUGUUUUGCAUGCUGAUAUCCAAGGCACCUUCUCAAACCCACCCUGAGAUACAAAUACCUCCCAUCAGUGUCCCUCUGAGCUCAGAGCUCUCUGCCUCCAGCUCUACAAGGGUCACAAUGCUCUCCCAGUCCUUGCUCCUCUGGCUGCUACUGCUCUGGCCUGAAGAAUCCCAGGCAGCCAUUGUAUUGACCCAGUCCCCAGCCUCCCUGUCUGUGGCUCCAGGAGACAGAGUCACCAUCAGCUGCAAGGCCAGUUCCAGCAUUAGCAAGGGAAUGAACUGGUACCAGCAGAAACCAGGACAGUCUCCCAAGCUCCUGAUCUAUGGUGCUUCCACCCUUCAGUCUGGGGUCCCGGCCAGGUUCAGUGGCAGUGGCUCUGGGACAGAUUUCACCUUCACCAUCAGUGCAGUUCAGGCUGAGGAUGCGGCAGAUUAUUACUGUUCUCAGUAUUAUAAUGCUCCAUUCCCACAGUGUUUCAGCCCUGAACAAAAACCUCUCCAGGCUGCUCAGCCCUUCAGCAUAGGGGAGCAGCUGCUUCCCCAGUCACAGGCGUGGGCCAACCACUGUCCUCAGGGGAGAAUUGGGCCCAAUUCAGCCCUGCUGCAGGAGCCAUUUGUCCCAGGGACUCUGGCUGAAGUAGAAAGAUUAAGAAGAGAGAGAAAAAGGAGAAAGAAAAAGAAUCUUCUGCCUGGUGUGCUUUAG